AGAAGAGGAAUAGGAAGUUAAGCUGUUUCAAUAUAAUCUGAGGAGAGGAGAAUAUGACUGUGAUGAGGCAAAAGAUAGAAAUUGAGGUGCCACUCCACUGUGGUAAAUGCAAGAAGAAGAUUAUGUCGAUAUGCACAACAGCAUAUGGUGUUUGUUCGGUUAGUUUUGAAAGGGAAGGCAAAGAUAAAGUGGUGAUUAAAGGAGAAGGAGUAGAUGCAGCAGGGGUGACAGUAUGCUUGAGGGAGAAGGUGAACAAGUAUGCCAAGCUAAUUACUGUGGCUAAGGAUACAUGAACAACUUUCAAGAGAGUUCAAUGUUUCACCAUAUUCAUGAUGCUAUUAGUUUUGUUGUAAACUUUAGAAACUGAAUUUUCGACUGCCAUCUUGUUAUAGUUUGAUGUAUAAGUUUAUCUCUGAUAUUCAUGUGUUAUAGAAAUCAGAAACUGAUUUUAUUUGCUGACACUUUCCUAAAUUUCCCAACCAAAUUGUAUCCAUCAUUAUUUGUACCAUGGUUCAUUUGUUGAAAUUUUAUA